AUGAGUCCACUGGACAUCCUUGAGGAUUCAGCCAUCCAACACAAAUACCGUCUCAGAAGGGCUGACAUCAUGAUGCUCCUGAACCUGGUUGAGGCAGACCUGCAGAGGCCAACACAGAGGUCCUAUGCACUGACCCCUGCAACCCAGCUACUGGCAGCGCUACGGUUCUAUGCCACUGGCAGUUUCUUAGAGGUGCUUGGCGAUGGAUAUGGGCUCUCCAAGGCCUCAGUAUCGAGAUCCGUGCAGGCAGUAACAUCAGCCUUGCUUCGCCACAUCCCGGACCACAUCCAAUUCCCCACAACUAGAGGGGACAAGUCUGCGGUGCAGGAUUUUCUUUGGGGGAAACAUAACAUCCCCCAAGUCAUUGGGGUAAUUGAUGGCACCCUCAUUCCCAUCCUCACCCCUUCCAAUGAUGGCCAUGUUUUCUUUUGUAGGAAAGGCUUUGCUGCCAUCAACUGCCAGGUUAUCUGUGACCAUCGGGGUCUCAUCACCGAUCUUGUGGCAAGAUGGCCUGGCAGCAGCCACGACUCCUAUGUCUUUUCAAACUCCUCUGUUGGCCAGGAGGCACAAGCUUCCAGGGAUGGAUGGCUGCUUCUCGGGGACAGUGGGUAUCCCCUGAGGCCAUACCUUUUGACUCCUGUCGCCAACCCCCACAACGAGGCUGAGGAGAGGUACAACGAAGCUCACCGUGUGGCCAGGAGUAUCGUUGAGAGGACUCUUGGCACAUGGAAGAUGAGAUUCCGAUGUCUCCGCAAGUCGGCUGGAGGUCUUCUUUUCCAUCCAACGAAAUGCUGUGCAGUUAUUGCAGUAACUGCAAUGCUGCACAACUUAGCUGUGAGAGCUGGAACACCCUUGGGUCCUCAAGAAGACCAGCUGGAGGAAGAUGGUGAGGAAGAAGAUGGCCCUCCCCUGCAGGCCCACGAUCCCCGGCAUGUCCAGUACCUGGCUGACUUUGAAGCACGGCAACGUGUCAUCAAUGAGUUUUUCGUGUAG